AUGUCCAAGUCGGGCACUCCGGAACGAGACGAGCAAGACACACAAGCAACCACGGCGGAAGGCUCCUCGUCGUCAGAGGUACCAAAGACGAGUGAAGCGUCUCAAUCCGAAGCCAAAUCCGAGACCGAGACCGAGACUGGAGCGGAAACACAAGGGUCUCCUUCAGACGCUGCUGCAACCUCUUCGACCCCGUGGCAAGCCAUAUACUCUCCGCAGCAUAACGCGUACUACUUCUACAAUACCGAGACACAGGAGACGACCUGGACAAACCCGUUGCAACCAACACCGACAGCGGAGGCAUCUACGAGCCAGGAGCAAGUUGCCGCUCAACAACUGGGUCUCACACCGAAUAUUGACCCGCGAUAUGCCACAAUGCAGACUGCCGCCCUCGCCCAGGGUAUCGACCCCGCUCUGGCCUAUUUGGACCCAUCACUAGCUGCCUCCGGUUCGGCUGGUCUGCCUGCGGGAAGCUUCCAAGCGCGUUUCAAUGCACGGACUGGGCAGUUCACGGCGAUGGAUGGGCGGACGCCGGACCACAUGUCUGAAUACGAAAGGGCGAAACGGAUGAGCACUGUCUUUUUUGAUGUCGAUGCUUGGGAGCGGAGUGUUGCGGCAGAGAAGGCGGCAGAGGACGAGGCGGGCGGGAAGAAGCGCAAACGUCCAAGCAAGAAGGAUCUGGAACGAUUCAAAGAGCAGAAGCGCCUGAAGAAGAUCGCAAAGACGGCGUGGCUAAGGACGUAA